AUGGACAGCAGCAGCGGCGGCGGCGUCGUCCUCGACCCGAGACUCGACGCGCCGGAGGCCGAAUCAAGGAAGCUCCCCUCCUCCCAGUACAAGGGGGUCGUCCCCCAGGCCCAAAGCGGCCCGCUGGGAGCGCCCAGAUCUAGCGAGAAGCACCAGCGCGUACGUUACGUGCCGAGCGACGUGGGGAAGCUAAACAGGCUGGUGAUACCGAAGCAGCACGCGGAGAGGCACCUGCCGGCGCUGCCGGGAGCGGAGGGCGGGAGAGCGCGCUGGUGAGCUUUGAGGACGCCGGGGAGCGGGAAGGCGUGGAGGUUUGCAGGUACUC